AUGGUGGACAAGCCGAGCCGGGCGCUGGUGUUGUACGCCGCCGGCCAUGCGGCGCUGCUCGCUGGGGGCGGAGGGGGGAAGGUCCAGCUCGACGCGUUCGCCUCCAUAGCCUCAUGCGGCUUCCUCUCCGUCCGCACCCCCGCGCGGACCGCCGGCCCCCGGCCCCAGGGCUCGUACAUCCAGCCGGCCACCGGCGACCUGCUCGCCGGUGAGUAUGUGCAGCAGCCUGAAGAGGCGCCUGUAGGCAGGGGAAGCCGCCGGAUCUUGCAGCGCAGCGCAGUUGAGUACUGA